AUGUCACAACCUCCUCCGAGGAGGGCAAUUGGGGUGACCAUCAACGAGCCAACUGGUGCCCCCCGACUUGCUGCCACACCGGCCCCUCCAGGGAAGGGAAAGAAGAAGCCCACAGAGCCCAUUCUUGAGUCGUCGGACGAGAACGACAUGCCUGCUGAACGUGCCUUCGACUUGUACACCAAGUCAGCGUGCAAGAAAAAGUCUCACAGGCGCCAGUCUGGGGAGGGCUGCAACAAUAAACCCGCGAAGAAGCCUCGAACAGACGACCCCCCUGCGUCUACUCCAACAAAGGAGACAACUCCUCCACCAACUCCUACCAGGGAGGCGACUCCUCCAACUCCAACAAACCCAGAUCUUCCAUCUCCAGUUGGACAGACUCCUCCUCUGGCUCAAGUCGACCCUACGCCUCCAACAUCCACCGUCUAG